UAUAUACGUUGUUUAGGAGUCACAAAUUAGAAUUGUUUUUCGAUAUUUUCAUUUUAAAACUUUAUCAAAGAAUUGUUUUAUAGAAAUUAUAUAUACAUGUUUUUAUAACCUGCUCGCCGAUAAGUGUUUUCUCAAACAAUUGAGUGAUAUGUUUACAAAUUUCAAUAGUUCAAAAUUUGCGCAAUCUAAGACGAGAGUCCAUACAAAUUCUUCAUAUUUGUAAAUAAAGAAGUGUUUAAUAGGCUUUUACCGCAUUUUAAUAAAAAAGUGCAAUUUUUUUAAAUUGUGAACUUCUUUCCUAAAAUCAACUAUUGUUUGGCAAAUUCUACAAACCAUAAAUUAUUUUUGGACCGGGCAUUUCUUUAGCCAAAAUAAAUGUCAUUUAAAGCUCUUUCACUUAUCACAGAAUGAAUGCAAUAAGUCUUUACGUAUCAACUUCCAGGAUAAUCCUGCAACAUGAUCCUAGUUCGUGUGACCAAAAAUUAUCAGAACUUUACCGCCUUGUCCCGUAUUUGAGGCAAUCUAUUUCGUGUGCAGUAUGCGGACGCUUAUUAAAAGACCCUUACUCACCGAAGGAAUCAAAGUGUCAACAUAAUGUAUGCCGUUUAUGUGUAAGGGGAAGGAAAAACAUACGGCCUUGUUGCAAUUCGUGUAAAGAUUGCCAAGACUAUAGAACUUAUGAAGAAAACAAACAAAUGCGUAUUCUCAUUCAGUGUUACAAGAGCUUGUGUGAGCAUAUUAUGUCUACAGCACUGUACAGCUUCAUCUGCAAACAAUCUUUUCAAACAAGUAAUGUGACCACUGGCGUCAUAACUCCGCAUUUAAGUUUAGUAGAGUUGAUUGAAGAAGGUGCAAACUUUGAGGAUAUACUAAUGGCGUUUACUGCAGAACUACCCAAACCAUAUGUAAAACCAGCGGUAGUUGUUCCAGUGCCUGCGGCGCCAUCAUCUUCCGCUCACACAGUACAUACAUCGCAGAUGCCGUUGCUAAUAAAACAAGAGUUUCCAUUAAUAGAUAUUUCUCGAUCUGUUCCUAUGGUCGUCCCACAAAAUCAAACAUCUCAGUCAUUAUCGUUUCUUAAAAACUCGGCAGCAGUCAUAAGUUCUACUUCAACAAGUGCUCCUUCUGUUGUAAGCUCUUCCAUGAAGUUAACCCAACUCAAUAGAACCCCAAACUUUGUAACGCAGCACAGAACUGAAAGUAAGCCGGGUGUAAUGGUGACUCCGGCAGUUGAAGCUCUGAUGACACAGCAAGUAAGAAACCCACCACCAAUAAAAACCGUUUCCAAUGGAACAGCAAUGUAUUCUGUUUUGUAUACUGGCAUCGGUAACAAAAUAACUAUUAAACGAAAGACCGAAGUAGAAGAGGAGAAUGCGCCGAGGAAAGCGGUUGCGCCAACUCUCUUUCGUCAAGUCAACAAACAGAAUACUAAACGACGAGGAUGUCGAUGUGGCAAUGCCACGGCCACACCUGGCAAACUUACUUGCUGUGGACAGAGGUGUCCAUGUUAUGUAGAUUCGAAGUCUUGCAUCGGUUGUAAAUGUCGGGGAUGCAGAAAUCCACAUCGACCAGAUGGUGGCAAAGUAAGGCCAGUUAUACCCGAACUAGCUUGCUACGAAAUUCACAUGGCAGAUGAUAGCCUCAGCCCGACUGCAUCCAAUGCACCAGUCGCUAAAGAUACAGGUUCAACCAAUCAAUUGUCACCGGCAACAUGUUACAAACCUCGUAAAGAUUACACUUCGAAUGAUUUUCCCGUAAGUUCUAGAAUUACAGUGACACCAAUAAUGUCCAGUAUAGGAACGAUUUCCCAUCGAAAUCAAACAAUAAAUACGGCGACACCGCAACAGCAGAAUGUGGUUAAACAACAACAGACUCUAACAGCCACCAACAAAGUACAAAGGGAUCAUGGUUUAGUGCAAUUGGAAAACCUUUCUAAAGAAUCUCUCUUGAUUCAAUCACCAGAAGGCAAAUAUCAAGUUGUCAACGUUUUUACAUCUACAUCCCAUCAAAAUCAACAGUCAAUUAAAAGAAUUCACUCAAUCUCCCACAACAGUAAUAAUACAUUCAUUGUACCCAAAUCAAACCAGCAAAUGACCACAACAAUUCAUCAAAUUCCGGAAAUCAGUACUACGUUGCCACAAAUAAUUAUGCAGCAACAAUCUCAACAACACCAAAUGUCACCAAAUAAUUGUUCUACAUUCACUUCAAACACCCAACUUUCCCCGUUUCCAAAGCACAACAAUGUUAUAACAUUGCACACAAUGCCCUCAAAUAGUGUUCCUCAAUCCAAAAACUCAGCUAUUUCUCUCUCCACAUCUCCUGCUACCUUUACCUUAUCCCCCAUAAUCGUUACUUCACCAAGCUCCUUUACAUCGGAUCUUUUUCAGGAUGAUGAGUUCUUGACAAACUCUCGAGACUCGCCGUUAUCAAUACCACACCCGCCAUUACUGGAAGUUCUUGACACGAGUGAAAUGUAAUUGGUUUCCCUCUUACCUGUGCAUACUUUCAUCUCACGUAGAUUUAUUAAGAUAAUAAUAAGUAGGUUUUUAAUAACUUUAGAAUAAUGAAGCCUUAGAUAAUUUUGUACUGGAAUGUUAUAGUUAAAUUUAUUUUCGGUAUUCGUAGGUACAUACUCGAUUAAAAACGAAGUUGUCCUUGAA